AUGAAAAAUGGAAAAUCUGGUGGAGACGACGGGAUAAGCACAGAAAUGCUGAGACAUCUUUCUCCGACUGGGAUUCGUGAGAUGACAAUGAUCAUCCGUUCAAUAUGGAUAGACAAAAGGAUACCUGAUUCGUUGAGACACGCUAUCAUAAUUCCCCUCCACAAGAAGUUAUCCGUCACGGACCCUAGGAAUUAUCGAGGACUCUCUUUGCUGCGUGUUAUGUACAAAGUAUUGGAGCGGAUUAUCCUGGACCGACUCAUUAAACGUCGCGAAGAAGCAGUGCGCGACGAGCAAGCUGGCUUUCGUCUAUGGUCUGUGGUCGAUCCAUGGUUCAUCGUCAGGAGAGUGAUCGAAAUCUGA